AUGCAAGGCGACCUGCGCAUCCAUGGCAAAUCCGCCACCGUUUACGUCGUCUCGGCGUCCACCUACCGGCCGGAGAACUCGACCAUCAAGCUCCGCCCGUACGCACGAAAGUGGGAGGACCAGGUCAUGCUCCUGGUUCGGGAGGUCACCGUGCGCCGAUCCAACCUGCCAGCAGGAGGUGCCGACGCCCCACCGGAGUGCUCGGUUCGGCACGAUGUCCCAGCCGUGAUUUUCUCUACGGGCGGCUACAACCGGAACUUCUUCCACGUCAUGACCGAUGUGAUCAUCCCACUCUACCUCACGGCCCGUGAGUACAAUGGCCGCGUGCAGCUGCUCGCCACCGACUACGAACCCAAGUGGAUUGCCAAGUACAAGUCCAUCCUCGCCGCGCUAUCCGCCUACCCUGUAAUAGACAUGGACUCCGACGAAGACGCCGUGCGCUGCUUCCCGUCGGCUCGUGUCGGGCUGGAGAGUCACAAGGAGCUCGGUAUCGUCCCAGGUCUCUCUCGCAACGGCUACACCAUGACGAGCUUCCGGGAGUUCAUCCGCUCCGCCUACUCGCUGCAGCGGCCACGGGCGGCGCCAUUGAGCAGGAGCUCCGGCGGGCCGAAGCCCCGGCUCGUCCUCAUCCUGCGUCGCAACUCGAGGCAACUGAAGAAUGAAGCCGACGCCAUCGCCGCCGCGACCGAGGUGGGCUUCGAUGUGGUUCCUGCGGGGCCGGACGACGUGAGUGACCUGGAAAGGUUCUCGGCGGUGGUGAACUCCUGCGACGUGCUCAUGGGCGUGCACGGUGCCGGACUGGCCAACAUGCUGUUCCUGCCCGACAACGCCACGGUGGUGCAGAUCAUCCCGUGGGGCGAGCUCAAGUGGCCGUGCCGGCACUCGUUCGGCGAGCCGGUGGCACCCAUGGGCCUCCGGUACCUCGAGUACGAGGCCACGGCGGACGAGACCACUUUGAACGAGACCUACCCCAGGGACCACGCAGUGUUUACGGACCCCAUGUCCGUACACCGCCAGGGGUUUGACAAGGUGUGGAACAUCUUCAUCAACGGCCAGCACAUCAUCCUAGACAUCAAACGUUUCAGAGGGUUCGUGGAGCAGCUGUAUAGAGCCACCACGACGGAGAACGUAGGGUAG